AUGGCUGACAUGACGGCUCACUCUUCCUCGACGACCUCGUCGGCCGUCCAGUCUCUCACCAGUGCCAGCACCCUGGAUUCACCAACCGAGUCAUCCGCGCGCCGAGCGCUGCGCGACAGUGUCUUUGAGUCGGCGACAUGGCGCGAACCCGACGGCGAGACACCCGAGGAACUACAACGGAAAGACCCUCUCGGCACCCAGAUCUGGAAGCUGUAUUCCAAGACAAAGAACACUCUGCCCAACUCUGAGCGCAUGGAAAACCUGACCUGGAGGAUGAUGUCCAUGAACCUGAGGCGCGCCCAGCAGCAGAGUCGUCUAGCUCACGCAUACCAGCAGCGUGCCAACGCCCCCAGCGGCAUUGCACAGCUGAGACAGUCGGCAGAGGCCCAGUCACAAACACAGUCGCAGACUCAAGGGCAGUCACAAUCACAGCCGCACUUCGCCAUCCCCGCCAGCGAUCACAUGAACCUGGACGACUUCAUUGUUCCCUCGUCCAUCGCAUCCCCCAUAAGCCAGCCUUCGCCGUCCGCCUCGUUCGAUCCCUCAACGACAGCCGACUCCAAGGCCACUCCGACAGGCAUCCCCAUCCGCCGCCAUCAGCAGCUGCAGGAAGAGGCCCAGGACGAUUUUGUGGCGCGUGCAUCCGCCCCCUCGGUUGCUCCCACCGCCGUCAACAAAACUACGGACGAGUUUGGCUACAUUCAACGCCAUGUGCGCAAGACUAGCAUCGAUGAGAGAAGGCCACCCAAACGACGUGCCGACUGCUCACCCCAAGUCCCUCCAGUCACCACUGGCAUGCCCAACGAUGCCCUUCUCAACAACUACUCGCUCGACUCAACCCCUUACAACCCCACCGGCACUCAGGCCCAAGUGCCAUUCGGCCUAGACACCUUUGGCUUCGACGCAGGGGCUAACUCGACCAACAACGACCCGCUGCUCACAUCGGCCGGCCCUUUCCAGAGCAACUUCAACUUUUCCCCAGUUGGUUCGCCCAUGAUGGCCAACGGUCCGUAUACCAACAUGUUCAAUCAGUCAGUCAUGGCCAACAACUACUGCUCGCCGCCCCAGUCAUCCUAUCAUUCCCGUGUCUCGACUCCCCAGCCAAUCCCCGAGCACGAGCCUGUCUUUUUCAACACGUCUAGCAGUGUUGAUUUGAGACAUCACGCUCACAUGAGCAGCUAUACCAGCCAGCAGCCCACUCCCGUCGCUAGCAUGCAGCCUCAAUACAUCUUCAGCCCCAACAACGAGAACAUAUUCAGCCAAAUCUCGGCCCCCGAUCCAUCUACCUCAUUCACCCAACCAUCAUCUUUCUCCAUGUCAGGCCAUGUCGACCCAACCGAGGUUUUGUCGACGGCCAUGUCCUUACCGCGAGGCGACAACAUGUUCACCUUUGGUGCCGAUUCUGACAAUGAAGACGACGAGACCAACUUUGGCGACCGCAACAACUUCAUAAUGCAGACUGACUUCUCGCCUAUGGAAGAUCCCUCGGUGAGCGAAUAUCAAUGGGAGAGCGGUCUCGCAUCGGGCCAGUUCAACUCGAUGCCUGCUCGCUAUGCCGGACCUCCAGCUCGCAAGGGCGUCACGAUUGGUCAUACCGAAAUGAUUCCAUCGCCACAGGAGUGGGGUGUUGGCAGCUUGGGACGUACACAUGGUUCAGCUGCUUCGGUCAGUGAGAUCCGCAACCGUGGAAACGACCCUCGUCUGAAGAAGAUUCCUCGCACCAGCUCAACCCCAAAUGCGGCUGCUAUGGCUGCUCAACAUGGUAUCUUCUCAGUUCGUCCACAGUCGUCGCCCUCGUCGCCGCCUGAGUCGUCUACUGGCUUCAGCUCUGUUGCACCUUCUCGGCCCGGAAGUCCAAAGCCUGGUGACAAUGGCUUGCCUACCACAUGCACAAACUGUUUCACUCAAACCACUCCGCUCUGGCGCCGUAACCCUGAAGGACAUCCGCUGUGUAAUGCAUGUGGUUUGUUCCUCAAGCUCCACGGUGUCGUACGUCCGCUGAGCUUGAAGACGGAUGUCAUCAAAAAGCGUAAUCGAGGCGGCGCAGGUUCCACAACCAUUGGACCUUCGUCCAGCCGUUCCAAGAAGGCUGCAAGCAGAAAGAACUCAGUCGCUCACACUCCCGCGACAACUCCCAAGCCUACACAGGAUGCCGACUCCCCUAGUACCACUGCUGGGUCAUCCACCACCGCCAAUACUCCAACCACUCAAACCAACCCCGUCCUUGCGCCUAAAACCACUGUGGUACCAAUUGCGCCCGGUCCACCCAAACCACAAAUGCCAGCCACAGGCCCUGCUCCCACACGAAUGGUUGCACCCAAGCGCCAACGUAAGCAGAGCAAAGUUGGGAGCUCUCCACAAGAGAUCGAGAUGGGUGAAGCAGACGAUAUCAGUGUAAGCAACAAGCCCAAAGAACUUGCUCAAGCACCACCACCCGCUUUCACGUCUACUCAACAGCCAACGAUGAUGGCGAACAAUGGUUCGUCUGGGUCAAUGGUCAGCUCCCCUUCUGGCAUGCCUGCCGGACCACAGGAAUGGGAAUGGCUCACCAUGAGUUUGUAA